UGACGGCGAAUCUCGCGAGGAUUGGGUUGCGAGAGCUGGUCUGGGGUCAGCUCUAGCAGGGGAAUUUGACCCAAUGACGUUGAGCUAAUGCGCUUAAUGUUUAGAUACAGGAAGUUGUAGUAGACAGCGAGGCCGGACUGAGGCAAGAUGGCUUGCAGUGACAUGGAGAAGCUCAGCCUUGAUGUGGAGCCCUACUGUGAUAGUGACCUCUCCGGUUGUGCAGCAGCCAUGGAGAAAGAAAGGGAGUCCUAUCUGAGCCCGACAGAGAGCACCUCCACCAUCAGUGUCUCCGCCAGUAUCCCUCCAGACCAGCAAGGCUAUGACGUGGAGUUUGACCCUCCGCUAGAGAGCAAGUAUGAGUGUCCUAUCUGUCUGAUGGGUCUUCGCUCGGCUGUACAGACUCCAUGUGGACAUCGAUUCUGCAACUCGUGCAUCAAGAAGUCCAUCAGGGACACGGGGCAGAAAUGUCCAGUUGACAAUGAGGUGCUGCUUGAGGAACAGCUCUUUCCUGAUAACUUUGCCAAACGAGAGAUCCUCUCACUUACUGUCCGAUGUCCUAAUGAAGGAUGCAGUGAUAAAAUGGAAUUGCGCCAACUGGAGAAACACUCGUCUCAGUGCAAGUUUGCCACAGUGCAGUGUCCUCAGUGUCUGGAAUCGGUUCGUAAGAGCCAUCUGGAUGAACACAAGAGCGAGCAGUGUUCACAGCGGCGUAUGACCUGCCCUGCCUGUGCAGGGAGCUUCGUGUUUGCUAAUAAACAGAUUCAUGAACAGAUUUGUCCUUUCGCCAAUACAGUGUGUGAAUAUUGCGAAAUGGAGCUUAUUCGGGAUCAGUUGGCCUUGCACUGUGACACAGACUGUCUGAAAGCUCCUGUGGCCUGUACUUUCAGCACUUUUGGUUGUCAUGUAAAGAUGCCAAGAAAUGAACUGGCCCAGCACAUGCAGGAAUUUACACAGAUGCACAUGCGUUGCAUGGCCGAGUUUCUGCGUAGCCAGACUCUCAGUAGCUGCCCAGUGCCCUCAGUUAAUGCCCACUCUUCGUCAGAUGAACGUGGGGCCUCUGCCCGAGCCCCAGACUCUUGCCAGUGUAGACAGGAGCUGAUGAACCUGCGUGAAACGGUCUUGGAGCUGGAGGGCCGACUGGUUCGUCAAGAUCAACAGAUCCGCGAGCUGUGCAUCCACAAUGAGACACAGAAAAACCAGGUCACAGAGCUACGCCGGAAGCUGAGCACACUGGAGGAGGCCACCCGAGAGCUGGAAGCCCAGCAGUAUCAAGGCGUCUACGUAUGGCGCUUGGAGAACUUCUCACUUCACCUGCGCAACCAAGAAGCCGGUCAACCCAUAGUCCUCCACAGCCCACCUUUCUACACGGGCCGGCCGGGGUACAAACUCUGCCUACGACUGCAUCUCCAAACUCCCAGCGCCCCACGCUGUUCCAACUACAUCUCACUUUUCGUGCACACUAUGCAGGGUGAGUUUGACAGCCAGCUCUCCUGGCCCUUGCAGGGGAUGAUCCGACUUGCAGUGUUGGACCAGGUCGAGGGGCAGCAUCACGUGGAAGUGAUGGAGACCAAGCCAGACCUGCAGGCCUUCCAGAGGCCCACUGUGCAACGCAACCCCAAGGGUUUCGGCUACGUCACUUUCCUGCAUCUACAGGCUUUGCGGCAGCGUGGCUUUAUGAAAGACGACGUGCUGUUGGUGCGCUGUGAGGUCACGCCACGAUUCGACGCUAGCCUCAGGAGGGAAGGGGUCCAACCUCGGGGGUCAGAACCUUCACUUUGAGUUCCUACAUCGCUCCUGCAUCCUAAAGUUCUCAUAGACACUUUGCUGAAAUGAAAAUGUGGCGAAACCUGGACUUUCUUUGACUCUUCAUCGUACCCCAGGCUUAGUAAUGAUAGUUUUAUAAAAUUGCAUAACUCGCAUGUCUGUUGAGAAGUGUUUAAUAUACAAAUAUUGUUUCUCAAAAACCUUUUAAUCAGUGCAAUCAAUGGACAACCCUAGAUAUGAUUAGCAUCAGAAAUUCACUGAAUGUCCUGUCAACCAAGCUAAAGAGUGUAAAACUAUAAUGGUGCUGCUUGUGCUAAGUGUUAGCUUUCACAAAUUCUUUUCACAAUACUACAUUCAUCUGCUCAUUUUUGCUGCCUUUUCUGCCUGCUCAACAGUAGGAAAAAAAUAUUUACUUUUCAUUUAUUUGACAAUAUCUGACAAUUUAAAGUAUCAUUAGUACAGAGCAGCAGUGUUUACUGUGAUUAUACUAAAUGUCGUGCAUUGUUCAUUUAACAACUUAAAAAUGUCUUAAGAUGUGGUUACAUUAGCGAAGUUUUGAUUAAAAAUUGUUAAUGAUGCAUGAAGUGCAACUCACAAAGGGUUCCUUUUAAAACCAACUCUUUGUUUGUUAAUGGAGUGAAUCUGCCUGGGGAAGUAUUUCGCCCUCUUAAUAAAACUCCUAGUUAACUGGAUUUUACACAAGAAAAUUUGUCAAACAACAGUGAAUGUGAUCACACCUUAAUGCAGAUGUUUGUCUUGAAAGAAAGAUGUCAGCUGCUCUAAAUUUCUGAAAGGUGCAGUACAUAACAAGCUUAGCCAACAAACAAGACAUUACUUUUUUUAAAUGUUUUACCCAAGUCACCUAACUGCUCAAUAGUGUGUGAAUGUUCAACGUGCCUCAUUGAAAAACUUUGACAAAGUAUGAAUACCUUUUCUUUAAUCAGAUGGACUAAUAUAUGCAAGUUAAUCUGAUAAUUGUAUUGACACUGGAAUUCUGACAACCAUUUUUUCAUAUCAUGUUUUUUACGUCACAAUAUACAGUGCUCAGAUGUGUUGAUGUUUGUCUUUAUAAAUUAUUGAAUGUCA